CACAUUGUUUAAGACAGGCUAAUGAUUGAUUGAUGGCAUUAUCAGUGGACAGAAGAGAUAUCAGACUGUCAGUCACAUUGCUCCCUUAGAGAGAGAAUAACUGUCUCUCUGUGUGUAUCUGCAGCUGUUUCUUCACUGUGAAAGAUAUUUUAUUAUCUAGUCUGAGUCAUUUCUGUCUUUUGUGCAUCAGUAACAAAAUGUUUUAAGCACAGGAAGAAAAAGAAUAAAACAUUUUUGUGAGAAGCUGAACUGUGGAGGAAACCAGACUGCUUGUGUUUGUCAGGAUGAGAUCAGCCAGAGUUUCUCUUUUCUUGCUGUUUCUUCUCGUUGUUCUCUCUGAAACGCAGUGGUCAGGUUAUGAGGAUGAAUCAUUUCCACACAAGCAGGAACCAGACUUAUCAAUCCAACCCCCCACCCCUUUGGUCACCAGCCCUGCCCCCACAACCCCUAAAGCACCCGAGAGAGAUGAGUUUCUGGGUCCACCCGAGUGUCUGGAAAAGAAGUAUACUCGUGCAUCAUGUGACCUGGUGUUUUGUCGUCCAUGGGAGCGUUGCAUCGAAGGACAGUGCUCAUGUAAACCACCCUAUCUGUGUCCUGCUGAGGGCAUGACCCCAGUUUGUGGGCGGGACAAUAGAAACUACCGCUCCUACUGCCAGCUGAUGGCUCUCUCAUGUCGGACCAAGAAACCCGCUAUGUCCCACUUUGGGGAAAAUUGCAGAGAAAAUCAUCCAAAGUUCAGAAGUUCAAUAGACCCAGACACAGGAGUGGUCAGGGUCUUCAUUCCUGACACUGGGAGCACUAUAGGUGGGGAGGAUUUACUGGUCUGUGGGAAGAUUUGGAACAUGGCGGCUGCUAAUGUGGCCUGCAAGGAGCAUGGAAAGCCACUUGGUGCGGUGACUCUUGGUUUCAUGAAAAACAAGCUGUACCCAGCUAGCUGUGUUAGCAUCCGCUGCCAAGGUUAUGAGACUUCUCUAGCUGAGUGUGUAAUCUACGACAAGGUCAGGAUUGGCAACAGGAAUGUUGCUACGGUAACCUGCUAUGAGGCAUCACAAGCACCAGAAGAGGAGGAGUGUGGCUUCAAAUGUGUAAACAUGAAGUGUGUGUUUCUGAACCAGACUUGUGACGGUGUUGAUGACUGUGGCGACCGCAGUGACGAGAUGUGCUGCAAAAAUUGCAGGAACGGUAGUUUCCUCUGCAACACGGGUGUGUGUGUCCAUAAAGAUGCACUCCGGGACGGACAGAUCGACUGUCUGGAUGGCGGGGAUGAAUCAGUGAAACGCACAUCUAUGGACAACAAGCCAGCGGUGGUGCUCGGCCUCAGAAACACAGAGUACAUAUCUCCCAAAAACGAAACGAUAGCCGACAGAGUGUAUCUGGAGUCCCAGUUAUACUGUGGGAUUCCCAAUAUAACCACAGUGGAUGAUGUGAAAGUGGAGGAGCGAGGAAGGAGCAGCCGAGUGAAGAGAGUGGUGGGAGGAGUCCCAGCAAACCCGACUCAGAUCCAGUGGCAGAUUGCUCUGGAGGAGAACAGGAAGAUCGAUUGUGGAGGAGCUUACAUCGGAGGAUGCUGGGUACUCACUGCUGCUCACUGCGUCAGGCCCAACCCCUCUGCGUUCAAGGUGAAGUUUUCUCUCUGGAAGAAGUCUAGAGCUCAGGGCACGACUGACAUUGUUCCUGUUCAAGACAUUCGCAUCCACCCCAGGUACAACGCCAGCACCUAUGAGAACGACAUCGCUCUGGUGCAGCUGGAGAAGCUUCCCUUCAAGCAAAAAUGUCUGGAGGACAACCCGGCCGUCAGCGCCGUCUGUGUUCCCUGGUCCAUCCACCUGUUUCAGCCCAACCACACCUGCAGCAUCUCUGGAUGGGGACGAACCGCAGACGGCAAAGCAGCUCAGGUGUUGCUCUGGGCCAACGUAUCCCUCAUCGCCAACUGUCAGGCUUUCUACAAAAAACGCUUCAAACCAGGCAUGAUGUGUGCAGGUGAUCUGGACGGCAGUGUGGACUCCUGUCAGGGGGACAGCGGAGGUCCUCUGGUUUGUAAGGAUGAACUGGGUGUUUCCUACCUGUGGGGCAUCGUCAGCUGGGGAGAGAGGUGUGGGCAGCCAGGGUUCCCCGGAGUUUAUACACAGGUGGCUCAUUACUUUGAGUGGAUCAGACUUCACACAGGGUGGCCUGCGGUCACCAAGUUCAACACCUGAUAAGACGAACACACACACACACACACACACACACACACACACACACACACAAUUGUACUCUUUCAACACUUCACCAGUCAUAGUUGUUGAUUAAAGUAGCCCUUUCCCUUGGCUACAGCUGUGUGAUGAUGGACUUUGAAUUGUUAAGAGUCCAGCUGAAGUGUUCUCUGUUUUAAAUAAUUACAUGCUUUAAAUAGCCUAUCAUUUGUGUACUGAUUGUAUUGUAUUAAAAUGUCACUUUGUGUCCAACAAAAUGCCAAUAAAAUAUAUUUUCCUGUU